GAGGCACCUGACGCGGCACUGACGCGUAUCAUCGUUUCAAAUAGCGCCAGCGAACGCCUUGUUGGGCACCAGCAAAAAAAAUCGUGUUCGACGGGCCAGGAGUCGCCACAAGCUGUAACAGCGCCAGAGACCCAGCGCCGACAGCGCGCGAGAGCAAGGCGCAGCGCUCCCAACAAUGGCGCUCUCCGAGCGCUCCCUCCGCGACCUGCGCAAGAUCGCCGACCUCGACGCCAAGACCGAGGCCGCACAUGCCGCCCAAGAGGUAGCGGACCGCCGCGCCACGGCGUUGCAGGACGCGCUCGCGGAGCGGGCCGGCCGCAUCGCGGCGUUGGAAAGAGCAUGCCGUUUACCGGUGGGCGAGGACGACGACGGCGCGGCGGCGGCGCUCGAAGCUGCUGCGGAAGUUGCCGAGCGCGACGCGGUCGCCGCGGAACUAGCCGCGGCGGCGGACGCGCGGCGCGCGGCCGAGGACCGCGCCGCCGCGGCAACGUCGCGGUCGGAAAGCGCCGAGAGCCGCGUCGCGGGCGCGGCGCUCGAGGCCCGCCUCGCGAGCCUGCAGCGCGACGCGAUGGCAACAGCGCAAAGCGAAGGCGGCGCGGCUAUGAAUGCGGCGACGGCGGCGGCCGACGCGGCCGCCGAAGCUGCCGCCGACGCGAGAGCCCUCGCCCUCGCCGAGACGACGAAGGCAAGUCUCGAGCGGCAAAUUGUUGAGCUCCGCGACCGGCUCAUAGAAUUAGCAAGAGACCGGCGCUUCCAGAUUUGUAGAGCGAACGCCGCCGACGCCGCCGCGCAGACGGCGAGAAGGCGCGCUUCCAGAGUCGUGGACGACGCGAAUCGAUGUGCUGCGGAAGUGCGCCGCUGCGUCGCGCGCGACGCCGAGCGCGCGGCGCUCUUGGAAAGGGUCGCGGAGCUCGAGGCCGAGGUGGCCUUGCGACGGCGGCCGCGGACGCCGUCGCCGGAGCCGUCUCCCGAAAUUCCCGUGCCGACGCCGGCGCCAGAAAAGCCCGCCUCUGAACCCUGGACGUCGGACGCCGUCCUCGACGCGGCCUGGACUGCUGAGUUCAAGCGGGCCGAGCGCGUCGCAUCCAAAGAAAAGGAGCGGGAGCGCGCCCGGCACUUGCGGGACUGGGCGCAAUUGGCCGUGCGCCGCGACGAGCAACGGCGGUGGACCGACGUGCUGCGCGAGUCCACGGAGCGCAUCGAACCGGCCGGCGUCCUGACCUACUCCCUCAAGGAGGUCUUCGAGCUGCCCGCCGAUUAAUCAAUCACAUAAAUUACACCUGCCCCCGCGCUUGUAGUAAAGACGCGUCCUCCGAAUAAAACCCGGGCUUCAUGAUCUUGACCGCGCCGUUCUUGCCCGCCUGGCACUCGACGAUGUCCGCGCCGCCGCCCUGCCCGGCCACGCCGCCCACGAAGUCCCAGUCUCCCACGCCGCAAGCUUUUGGGGGAGCAUGUUUCAUGCCGCCGGGAAAGUUCUCCACGCCCUGUAGUAUCACCACAUCUCUGCACACGGUGGUAUCGGCAAAUGAACUUCCACCGCCGCCCCCGCCCGCGAUGCCCGGCGAGGUCCCGCCACCUCCACCGCCAAACACGCCGCCGCCGCCGCCUCCCCCAAAUUGGGCCCCCGCGCCGCCCUGCCACCGCGCACCCGGUCGCGACGGAAAGGCGCAUAAUGCAGCCUCUCCACUAUCACCUGCGGCGCCACCCUCGCUCUGCGUCCCGGCUCGGCCGUUUCUCUUAUCAAUACGAGUGCCAGGCAACUCCCCGUCCAGUCCUGAGCCCGGUUGCCCAUCGCGAGCACCGCCACCCCCACCGCCACCCGCGACAAACAAAACUUGCCGGCCGCCUUUGCCAUUGCGACUGAUCAUGGUAUAACCGCCCCCACCACCGCAGGCCCAGCACUCGUUGCCCCCGUGGCCGUCCCCACCUCCCGGUUGCCCACCUUUGGCCACGCCGCAGACCUCCUCCGUCUCGAAUUUUGUCGGAUCGUCCUCCCGCACCUGUGUGGAAAGUUCAAGUUGUGCUUCAACUCGGGGUCUCUCGCGGUCUGAACGCGGUCGAGGGUAUCCCUCGGCGGUCGUGGCCGAGUUUGGUUGAUUUCCACGCAGUAACGCACGAUCUGCACGGUCCCUCCAUAUUGACCCUUCGCGCCGCCGGCCCCGACGACGAUCUCCAGCGUUUCGCCCGGUAUCACAUUUAAUAAAGCCUCGACAAACGCUCCACCACCUCCUCCCCCAGCUUGUUG